AUGCAGUCGCUCUACUCCGUACAACGGCGACACUUACGCGCUCAACACGCUGCACGCCUUCUAUCGAUCGGAACGAUACCAGGAAAUGAUGGCAACUCGUUUCUUACUGCUACAAGCGUGGGGUCAACGGCAGACGCGAUGCCGGGACUCUUUCUGUUGCCAAAUUUGCACAUUCCGUCGGACUUUUCGAAAAUCACCCGAAACGUCAAAUUGCAUUGCCAACAGCUACGCCAGGAGUUAUUAAGGUCUUCUCCAGGACUGCAGACGCUGCGCACGUUGGAUGAUAUUUCGAAUGUCAUUUGCUCAGUCAUUGAUGCGUCUGAGCUUUGUCGCAAUGUCCAUCCCGACGAGAACUUCCGACGGGCAGCGAGUGAGUGUUAUACUGAUCUCUCCAACUUUAUUCAGACCUUGAAUACAGAUGUGGAGUUGUUUCAGUCGUUGAAGACAGUGAUGGAAGACAAAAUUGCCACGGAAAGCUUUACACCAGAGCAAAAGAGGAUGGGAACGUUGUUGCGUAAUGAAUUUGAGCGUGAUGGCAUCCACUUGCCUCGUGCUGAUCGACAGCGAGUGAUUUCGCUGCAGAGGGAUAUCACCCAACUGAGUAUGCAGUUCCAGUCUACCAUGUACAAGGCAAGGGAGUAUGUGGAAAUGCCAGCUAAGUACAUGCGCGGUAUGCCACAUAGCAUCACGUCUGUGUGUGAGCGCAAAUGGAUGAGCCGUGACACAUUGAGGGUCCCGACGGAUAUGCACGUCAUGAACACAGUCUUAAAAUGGGUUGGCGAUCCUGAAGUUCGACGAAACAUGUACAUUGCUGCAAAUUCGUGCGCAAAAGAUAACCUUCCGGUGCUGGAUAAGCUGCGAGCGAAACGACAUGAACUAGCUCGAUGUUUGGGAUUUCCUACAUUUGCCCAUUUGGCGACAAGUGACCGUAUGAUUGGAUCCCCGGAGGCUGUCGAAGCUUUUACUCGAGACAUUGCUAGAGAGCUCAUGACAAAGGCCAAGACGGAGCAGCAGCUUUUGCUCGCUGCAAAGCGCAAACAUGAAGGAAGUUCUGUCAACCAUGUUUACAUGUGGGAUUUGCCAUAUUACAUGGGCAUGCUGAAAGCCCAGAAGUACGGGAUCGACUCGCGCGUGAUUGCUGCAUACUUUCCUCUUGAGAACUGUUUAAAAGGACUGCAUUUGCUAUGCUCAGCAUUAUUUGGUCUGGAGUUGAAGCAGGUACCGAUGAUCAAUUCGAGCGAGUGCUGGCACGAAGACGUGGUGAAGCUCGCCCUCACACGAAACGGUGAGACAUUAGGAUACAUGUACUUCGACUUGUACAUCCGGCCGAACAAGUACAACCACGCAGCUCACUUCACCAUACGCUGCGGCAAGCGCUUAAGUGACCAGUCGUACCAGAAACCAGUCGUGGCACUUGUUUGCAAUUUUAACAAGCCCGCGCCGGACAGCCCAUCGUUCCUGACGCACGCUGAAGUGGAAACUCUUUUCCACGAAUUUGGUCAUGCGAUGCAUUCGUUGCUGUCUCGAACUGAGUUUCAGCAUCUCUCGGGUACACGUGCGUCUCUGGAUUUUGUGGAGACGCCAUCACAUCUAUUUGAGUAUUUCGCGUGGGACUACCGCGUCGUAAGGGAGUUCGCCCACCAUUAUCGGACGGGCGACCCAAUGCCUGCUGAUAUGAUGCAAGGGUUGCGUGCUUCCAAGACAAUGUUCGCCGCAAUGGACACACAGACUCAGUGCUUGUACUCGAUGCUGGACUUGCGCCUUUUCGAAGAGCAGCCUUUGCCUUGCAGCCCUCCCACCACUACGCAGAUGCUGCAUGAGCUGCAGAACUCCAGUACAUUGGUGCCUCACGUGGAUGGCACGUACUGGCAUACGCGUUUUGGGCACUUGAUCGGCUACGGUGCUGGCUACUACAGUUACUUAUACGCUCGCGUGUUUGCCGCCGAUAUUUGGCACACACACUUCAGCAGUUUCCAGGGUCCAUUGAAUCGCGACGCAGGCGAGAAACUGUAUCAGAAGUUGAUGGUGCACGGCGGGGCCAAGGAUCCAAAUGAUCUGCUGGUCGACUUGCUCGGCCGUGAGCCUUCUCCAGCAAGUUACCUCCACGAAUUGGGCGUUUAG